CUGUCCUUCAGCAGCAGCAGCAGACCCCGCAGAUCCUCACAUUCAGUUUUGUUUUGCUUCACGGUUUUUGGAGGGAAAUUCACUGGACUGUAUUUACUACUUUAAUCUAAAGAAAGGAUUCUUUUUUUCCCCCACUUCAGCAUGGAGCCCACCACUGGGGAAUAUGGUGACAACUAUGAGUACUACGAUGACAACGAGACGGCCUGUGACUAUUCGGAGUGGGAGCCGUCCUACUCCCUCAUCCCCGUCCUCUACAUGCUCAUCUUCAUCCUGGGCCUGUCGGGUAAUGGCGUGGUCAUCUUCACCGUCUGGAGAUCCAAAUCGAAGCGCCGGGCCGCAGACGUCUACAUUGGAAACCUGGCCCUCGCCGACCUCACCUUUGUUGUGACUCUACCUCUGUGGGCCGUGUACACGGCUCUGGGCUACCACUGGCCCUUCGGCGUGGCUCUGUGCAAGAUCAGCAGCUACGUGGUCCUGGUCAACAUGUACGCCAGCGUUUUCUGCCUCACGUGCCUGAGCUUUGACCGCUACCUGGCCAUCGUGCACUCCCUGUCCAGCAGCAGGCUGCGUUCCCGGGGCACCAUGCUGGCGUCCCUGGGGGCCAUUUGGUUCCUGUCCGGCCUGCUGGCCGUGCCCACGCUGCUCUUCCGCACCACAGUGAACGACCAGAACAGCAACCGGACGAUGUGCGCCAUGGACUUCAGCCUGGUGACCAUGAACCAGAGGCACGAGUACCUCUGGAUCACCGGGCUCAGCCUGUCCUCCUCCGCUCUGGGGUUUCUCCUGCCUUUCUUGGCCAUGACCAUCUUCUACUGCUUCAUCGGCUGCACCGUGACUCGCCACUUCAACAACCUGCGCAAGGAGGACCAGAAGAAGAAGCGCCUGCUGAAGAUCAUCACCACGCUGGUGGUGGUGUUUGCCAUCUGCUGGACUCCGUUCCACGUGCUGAAGAGCAUGGAUGCCCUCUCCUAUCUGAGCCUGGCGCCCACCUCCUGCGGCUUCCUGCGUUUCCUGCUUCUGGCUCACCCUUACGCUACCUGCUUGGCCUAUGUCAACAGCUGCCUCAACCCGUUCCUGUAUGCCUUCUUUGACCUGCGCUUUCGUUCCCAGUGCCUGUGCCUGCUCAACCUGAAGAAGGCUAUGCACGGUCAGAUGAGCUCCAUGUCGUCCACUCUCAGCGCCCAGACUCAGAAAUCAGAGGUUCAGUCUCUGGCCACGAAGGUUUAAAGAGGAAAAAGGGAAUUGAGGCCGGGCCGCAGGACGGUCCCGGCUCCAACCGCUGGAACACUUGUGAAAAUACAGACUUUUGUGUCCAUUGUUGAAAGCUGGUAAGAGGAGAUGAUGAACUUUAAAUUGUCACUGCCUACAGUCAUGAAAUCCAUUACGUGUUCUCCCUAAUGUACAGCGAGGAAGGUCGAUGCUCUGCGUUCCGUGUGGACUUCAGAAGCUGGAGCCAGCUGGCUGAGCUCCUCAGCUGCUUUGUUCCUCAAAUUCUCAGAGAAAAAGUCUAUAUUUUUGUGUUUUGUGCUGCUUCACAAGAGUUGACAUUUCUAUCACAAAAGAGGGGAAUUUUGCGUUGUGGACCGCGCGGACAUCUGUUUACACUGGAUGAGGCUUAUAGCUAUACAAUAUUUUCAUACCAUUUUUGAUUUAUUGCUGUUUUGUUUUAGAAGCACUUGUUGAAAAAAUGUGUGAGCAGGAAAAUCAAACAGAGUCGUGUCCUCUUAAAAGCUUGAUGUUUGUGAGAGUAGAAGUCUGGGAGGGAGGGAGGGAGGUGUAAGAGGAGAAAAGGUGUUGCAGCUUAAUUAUAAAGUUUGUGGGGAGGAGACGGGGGGGGGCAGACAGGCAGAUGGCAGUUGACAAAUGUUGAGGAACAGGAGCGAGCGGGGUGGGGCAGGUUUGGAGGGGUACUUCAGUGUCGUCACAGCACUAAAGGGGACAAAGGAACUUUAUAAAUGUUCCAAAUUGACAUAUAUGUUUUAUUUUUUUGAAAUCACUGUAACUAACUACUGUAUUAAAGAUGUGUGCUAUGUACCAGA